AUGCCUGAACCGACCAAAUUAGCCCCUGCCCGUAAAAAGGGAUCAAAGAAAGCCAUCAGUAAAGCACACAAGAAGGAUGGCAAGAAGUGCAAGCGCAGCCGCAAGGAGAGCUACUCCAUGUACGUGUACAAGGUGCUGAAGCAGGUCCACCUCGACACUGGCAUCGCCUUUAAGGCCAUGGGUAUCAUGAACUUGUUUGUCAAUGACAUCUUCGAGCUUAUCGCACGCGAGGCAUCUCACCUGGUGCAUUACAACAAGCACUCGACCAUCACCUCCAGGGAGAUCCAGACGGCUGUGCGCCUGCUGCUGCCCAGAGAGCUGGCCAAGCAUGCUGUGUCUGAGGGCACCAAGGCUGUCACCAAGUACACGCGGAAUAAAAAAAAAAAAAAAAAAGUCCCUGAAACAGUGGCACUAGAUUAUGAUUUUUAG